CCUUUGGAGCGCCCGGGCAAAGAAGAAGGUCGCGACAGCAUGCUUGCCCAAGCCUUCCUGUCCUCUGCCGUGGCAGCGCCCCAACCACCGCAGCGACCGCCGCCGCGGCGUGAGGGCGGCAUGCUGCGCAAGAAGAAGCCUUUGCCUAGCUUGCCGGAGAGAAGAUCCUCGCCGCAGGCGACUCGGGGGGCGAGCAGCAGGGCGAGCAGCAGGGCGAGGUAUGGCGAACCACGUCAGGACGCGCUGUGCAGCAAUUGGAGGGCCGCAGCGCCCGUGACUGCCGCAGCGAACGGCUCAAAGGCUCCUGCGGACCCCGAGAUGGUUCGCAAGGCGAGGCUGUGCGAGGAGAAGGCAGUGCGUCAGGAGCGUUGGGUGGCGAUGUGGGACAGACCAAUUUCUGACCGGGGCUCGACGCCGAGGACGCCAGAAAAUAAUCCGUACUCGCUGAGCUGACUGUGAGGGCGCGUGGCUUGACCUUGCACCUUGGCCCGCCACGCACCGAAGGCUUGGCCGAAAGCCCUACAUUGCACCGCCAGGCCUACCGCAGGUGUGCUGAGCGCGAACGGGCGGAUGCGCACCAGAGGGGUCCGCCUCCCGGGGGACUGUGCUGUGUGCUGUCGGCUGGUGAAAGCGCGUCCCUCGCGUACCAAGGUACGGCUUUAUGGGGAUUAUGCUGACGUACCUUGUGUGGACGCGCAGUGGCAGAAAUUGGGGAUGAUGUAAUGCAUGUCCGGGUGAGUAUCAAGCAAUCUCUGU